GAGGGCCUGGCUGGAAAUGUUUGAGCCCGAGAGUUGAGCAGCAGAUCGGCCACUCGUGUUUCCUGCGCUGUUGCUGCUGCGAGAGAAAAUCCUAGGCAUGGGCCUCCGGCACUCGACUCCACGGGGGGAAUGACAACAGCUCACGCAGUCGCUAGCUGAGACGGGAGGAGUCCGAUCGCCACACCAGAUCCUUGACAGAAAGUGCCUUGUCUGAUGACGUCCCUACUUGAAGCUUGCUCGCUGUUUAUCCGCCGUGCUUUUUUCAACAGAGACUAGCUCACCCUCCAGACCUCCUGUCCUCUCUCCGUGUGUUUGUGUGUGUGUGUGUGUUUGCACACCACCAAGUCACCCCACCAAGCGACUCUACGCAUGAGACAAAACCAGGGUGGAAAACAUCUCGACAGCCCUGCCAGAGAAUCCGGCGGCCUUGCCAAAGCACAGAGAGCGAGGAGAGCAGCCCGGUCAUCAGCGCCGCCACAGUUCCACCCCCCUUCUCUCCCCACGCACAGAAUACUUAUUACUCCCUUGAAGGAGAACGAUUGCCUGAAAAUAGCGUGAGUCAACUCCCCCGUGUCCACCCCUCCCACAACCCCACCUCCAUUCCUCCUCCUCCUCCUCCUCCUCCUCCCCCCUCACAGAAAAGGAACAUUUCAGGAAGGCUCGGGCGACGGGUGGAAGGACGGUCUCUCUCAGUCCACGCCGUGAGCAUGUCCCCUCUGUCCUGCUAGCGGCCUGCACCUGGGACCGAGUGACGGAUGAGUGUCGUCGCUGUGAUUGACAGCUCUGCUCCAAGCGGCUGUCGUGCGUGCUGCCACGGAGGCUCGUAAGCCGUGACACCACCUUCACUCCCUUUCUCUCUCCGGAGGCGCAGCUUUGCUCGAAAACUCAGACAAACAAACACAGACAAAACAGCAGACGUAUUUUGGCAUCAGCAACGUGUUUGGACAAACUCUAUGUGACGUGCUUUUUUAGAUUGUCUAUUUUUGUUUAACCCUCCCCCAUACACACAUACACACACCCACACACAAAAUCCCCCACCUCUGUCCUCUUGGCACCUUGUCUUAAAAGUGACUGCUAGCCUUUGCCACACUCCAGCUAUUUGCUAUGGCUUUGAACAUCGCCUCGAUACGAGACACAAAAUGGCUGACCCUGGAAGUGUGCCGUCAGUUUCAAAGGGGGACCUGCUCGCGCAGUGACGAGGAAUGCAAAUUCGCCCACCCGCCCAAGAGCUGCCAGGUGGAGAACGGGAGGGUGAUCGCCUGCUUUGACUCGCUAAAGGGCCGGUGUACAAGAGAAAACUGCAAGUAUCUACAUCCUCCAGCGCAUCUGAAGACUCAGCUGGAGAUCAAUGGGCGAAACAACCUGAUACAGCAGAAGACAGCCGCAGCCAUGUUGGCUCAACAGAUGCAGUUCAUGAUCCCAGGCACGACCAUGCAGCCAGUGCCUACGUUUCCAGUGAACCAGGGUCUGGGUUCUAACCACGGCUUGAGCUACGCCCCGUACCUGACGCCCAUGAGCCACGGCAUGGGCCUGGUCCCCACGGAGAUGCUCUCCAGCACCCCUUGCAUCGUCCCCGGCAGCCCGCCAGUCAACGUCCAGAGCUCCUCCUCCACACAAAAGCUGCUGCGCACCGACAAGCUGGAGGUGUGCCGUGAGUUCCAGCGGGGCAACUGUGCCCGGGGCGAGACGGACUGCCGCUUUGCGCACCCGAGCGACAGCCCCAUGAUCGACACGAGCGACAACACGGUGACGGUGUGCAUGGACUACAUCAAGAGCCGCUGCUCGCGCGAGAAGUGCAAGUACUUCCACCCGCCCACGCACCUGCAGGCCAAGAUCAAAGCCGCGCAGCACCAGGCCAAUCAGACGGCCGUGGCAGCACAGGCCGCCGCUGCCGCUGCCAUGACUCAGUCGACUGCCAAAGCAAUGAAGCGACCCCUCGAGGCAACUGUAGAUCUGGCCUUCCCUCAUAGCAUGCUGCAGCCCCUACCAAAGAGACCAGCCCUAGAGAAGAGCAAUGGGGCCAGCACCCUCUUCAACCCCAGCGUCUUGCACUACCAGCAGGCUCUGGCUAAUGCACAGCUCCAGCAGCCUACCACUUUCUUUCCCACAGGGUCAGUCUUGUGCAUGACUCCUCAUAGCAGCCUUGUACCCAUGAUGUACAGUGCUACGCCUGCUACUGUCUCUGCAGCAACAACUCCUGCCACAAGUGUCCCCUACGCAGCAACAGCACCAGCCAAUCAGAUCAUCCUGAAAUAGGCCACAGGGGAACUGUGUGUCAAGAAGCUGCACUACGAAGCCCAAAACAGUCCAUCUGUAAAUACUACUACCCCACACCAGUAGAGCUACAGCAACCUGCAUGUUAAAACUAUAAAAAACUACACUACCAAUCAAAUCUGAUACUUAUACCAUGUGAAGUGCUGAUGUAAUAUAUACAGUGUAAAUCUUCUGCUAGGAAAAAAAAAUCUACAUACAGACAUUGAAAUGAUGCCAUUUGACUUUGACAAAGAAGAGUUGAAGAAAACAAAUAUGUAUAGCACAUGUGUUUUCAAGGCGGAAGCAACAAUUUUAUUUAAAUGGUUGUUCCUUCGUCAGAUUACGUGAAACCUUUUCAUAUUUGUUUAGAUCUGAAAAUCAAACUCUGCACAAUGUUCAUCCUAGGGGAAAGAUUUUAAAAAUGUCUUAUUUGCACUGUUCUAAAAGAUAAUAGUGCUUAAUAUUAAGUGUUUAAUUGUUUUGAGUGGGAAUAGUCACAGAAAAGUCCCUCUAAAGCAUGUCUUAGAAACUCGCCGAUCGGGCUUGCCUAUUGUUUGUUUUCCCGGCAUGAGGGAUUGCUUCAUUUAUCUUUUCCCUCCCUCUUACCCAUUUUACUCAUUUGACAAACAGAAACAUGAAUGUCAACCAGCUGUACUGUUUUUGUUAUUUUUUUAUUUUUUUUUAUUUUGGUGACCAGCUGUAGUUUUUUCUGUCCUCUGAGAAUGUGUUCCCCUUGCCAAACCUCCUGGAUGACAACAUCUUUCUCUCAUUGUGUCUCUGGACCUGCUUGACAAACCUCAACAGUGGGAAAAUUAACAUUCAUUUUUCCAUGCAGACAUUCUAGUCAAUAUGAACAAAAAAAAAAGAUAAUAUUGAGAGAUUUAUUCUGGAAAGAAACAUGCACACUGGCUACCGAUGUGCCAUAAUCUGGAUUCUGUCUGUGACUCCGAAAAGGACUGUUUUUUCUGUUCCAGCAUUUUUUGAUUGUUUGUUUGCUUGAAUUGUUUUGGCCAUUUGGAGGCAAGAUGAUUACUUGUAUGUGUGUGCAUAUAUAUGUGUACGUUUGUGUGUGAGGGAGAGACUGUGUGUGUGCGUGUGCGUGUGUGCGUGUGUGUGUGUGUGUGUGUGUGUGUCUUUGUGCAUCAAGGGUGAAAGUGAGGAUAAAAAAAACAGCAGCCAUCGGGUACUUACCUGUGGCUUCUAUUCUGUGCCAAGGGCUUAUACCAAGCUGUAAAACUGCUGAGGAGACACACAUACACACGUGCACACACACACAGUGUAAGCCUUGUGUAUCCUAUAGGCACAUUUUUGUCCAUUAAGUCCAGUCUAAAGGAGCACUUAUACCAAUCAGAGAAGUUGGAUGAGAAACCAGAGGAGAUGGAAGGGGGCACCAGAUACAAGUGCUUAGGCUCCCAAUGGGGCAGCAGUCUGUUUUGUUUUUUGUUUUUGUUUUGUCCAGCUUUAUCAAGGACUAUCUGUACGGAGGGCUAUCUGUGACUGACUACUGCCAGUGUGCUCUCACCUGGAAUCCUGUUUUAUUUGACAAACAGUAGAAAAGUGCCUAAACAAAUAAUCUUUCACACAGCAGACAUCUUGAGAAGAUGCUGGUGUCUGGGAAGGAAGGAGAGAGAGAACUCCUCCACAAAUACGCACACACACACACACACACACAUACACACACACACACACACACACACACACACACACACACACACACACACACUUUGGAGUUGUGAGUCCCCCUAAUAGUUUGACAAAUAAGAACAUUUUUAAAAACAAAUUGAGAGAAAAAUCUAAUGGUUAAACACAUUUCAUGCACAAACAACAGUGUUUAAGUCUGUUUCACCAUGUUAUGAUGCAUCAGUUAACACCAUGUGUACUUUUCACCAGAAAAUAACUUGACAGUUGGGGCAGAAUGUUUAGUAAUGAUUGAUAAUGUACUCUUUGUUUUGUAGUAUUGAUUAUUUUUGUAGUCCAUACUGGAAAAAAGUAAUUGAGUGGGAAACACAAGAAAUAUAUUGUGAUGUAAUUCACUGUCUGUAAUAUGUAUAUCUGUGUGUAUUCAUUGUCAUUUCAAUAUACUCGCGAUGAACACGUUAAGUGUCACGCAAAUGACAACCACAAAGCUCAUUUAAGUCAGGACUAUCACCGGGCUCGGCGUGUCUGUGUUUAAGCCAGGGUAAAGUCCUACUCUUGUCAAAUUAGUGUCCAUUUUAUUAUCUGGUAUAUUUUACUAUUUCUCUACUACAGACUGUAUUUUACUGUACAGCAGUAGAAUGGAGGAGGAAGUACACACAGCCUUCUAUUUCCCUUUCUCUCAUGUGUGGCUAUGUAUGUGGGUGUGUACGGAAAAGUGUGUGUGUGUUUGUUUGGGUAAAGAGUAUGUGAGGGUGUCUUGCAUGCAUGCAUGCAUGUGUAUAUAUGUGCACAUGCCUGGGCACAUGUUGGUGUGAUUAAAGACAAAAAAAUCAAAUCGGAAUCAUGAUGUAUUUUCAUGGUGCUUUGAUGAACACAGACAAUCCACAGACUUCUUUGGUUCCAUAAAAUUAAGGCACUGGUCUUAGUUUAUUUUUUUGUUGUUGUUUUUCUUUUUUCUCUCAUUUAGUUUUCUUCACAAAAGUUACAGUUUUAAUGUAAUUUUUGAUGUGGAAAGUCAUUUAAGUACAUUUUAAUUUCAUUUAUUUUGUUUGUUUUGUUAAAUAAUAGUUCUAGAACAAUGUUGUAACCUAUAUUUUAAAAUGAAUGUAAUUUAUUAAGCUGUGCUUACCUCUGCAUGGUUGGUCCCUCAACUGGCUCUUCGUGGAGGGUCAGUUUUGUCAGAGAGAAGCAGAGAAAGAGGGUGAAGUCUUGACUCUCUCUGCCUGCUUCUCUCCUUUUCAGCAACAGUGGACAAUGCAUUGCAGUGAAGGCAAGGCUUUGGAAUUGCUUGUAUUAUGUAAAACUACAACAACAAAAAAAAAGAAAACAAAAAAAAUGUUUAUUGUAUAGGUAACAAUUUACCAAAAAAAUAUAGAAAAAAAAUACUUUACACUGUAGUAUAAUAGUUAUUUCAUAACAAUAUUAAGUUGUUGCUGUGGCAACCUAAAGUUGCAAUGACUAAAUUUCGGUAUUUUUGUAAAUGUUUGUUCAGUUCAUUUUUUUAGAACACAGUACAUUAGAUUGUGAUGCAGAUAUGGGAUCAUUUCCUGUUAUGUUGAGAUUGUAUACCCUUCUUUUCAGUAGGAUUUAUCAGACUUUGUCAGUGUAAGUUUUAAGAUAUGAUAGGAAGUACUUGCCAAUUGUAUGUAGUGUGAAAUAACUUAAGAAAUUAGUCCACCAACAAUAUAGUUGAGCCAUAAUCUAUUCAGCUGUUCCCCAUUUUACAUGAUUGACUAAAGGAACUCCUGGCGUUAUGAAAUGUCAGUGAUAAUAUAUAGAGUGAAACAAAUAUUGCACUUUGUUCCCAUGUUAAAAAAACAAACAAAUUGAUGCUCAUUGGGUAUGGUAUGGCAACGUUACAAUAUCAUGCAGGUUAUUCAUUGCUCAUGACAAUAUAGAAUAUAAUAUUCAACAAGCAUCUUGCAUGACAUCAUCACUUCAAAUUAGAGGUUAAUUUACUUAAAAAGACAGUAACAUUAGAAAAUAUAAUGAUAUAUUGAAUGUGUGUUGUACUAAAAUAUAUAGAGAUAUAUUAUUUUACAAAGAAUAUGCUCAUCAUACACAAUUCUGUAAACCCCAGGUUUGGAUGUGCUGCACCCAAAUCAAAUAGAAAUGUUAUGACAAGUCCUACUUUAGUUAUUAAGACAGACUGAUGGUGUAAGUUUAAAAGAAGCACUUUCUGACCAGUUUGAUUGACUGAGCAGACACAGCUUAUCCAAACACCUUGCCUUACCUUAAGUCCACUGUUCUUAAGAUUUUAUAUUUAACAGCUCUUAAAUGUAAAAGGUUGAACUGAACCAGUCUUUUUUUGUUGUUAUUUUUGGAGGGAGGGGAGGGUUGGGGAGAAGGCCAAAAAAUGAAACCAUGUUUUUCUGUUGUGAGGCCAAAAGGAUUAACUGAUUUCCGAGACUCAUGUGGUUGAGUCUCCUUUUCAUUUGUUGUUAAAAUUGUCAUUGAGAAUUUGGUGGCCAUCCUGUGCCAUAAUUGGUUUUUACCUGAGGGGUGUUUAUGUUACUCAAUUUUAAUCAUAAAUGCAGUUGCCCAUCUGAAUCACCAAACAAAGACAAGAAAGACAAAAUGAUAACAAAACCAACUCCUUGGAUAACAAUACUUUUUGUGUAAUCAUUUCAAAACCAUUAUUUGUGCAUAUAUAUAUAUAUAUAUAUAUAUAUAUAUAUAUAUAUAUAUAUAUAUAUAUAUAUAUAUAUAUAUAUAUAUUAUGUGCUAUUUUAUGUUCUAUAGUCAAAUGUUUUUGGUUCAAGUUAAAUAGUGUAAAAUUUAUUGAAAGAAAUAAAAAUAUAAGGAUUUCA